UGUGGCUCAGUGGAAAGUAACGCUUCUAUAUGUAGGUAAUUAAUUAUUAGUAGCUCAUUGCAUUAAAGUAAGAAUCAAACAAAGAGAGAAAUUAAAGAGAGGACUACGAUGGUAUUUGAGGUGAAGCAGGUGCUUCGUAUGAAGGAAGGAACCGAUGAAACCAGUUACGUAAAAACAUCCUACAUUCAGAGGCAGGUGCUAUCAUUGACAAAAUCCCUAAAAGAAAAAGCCAUAAUGGAAAUAUAUUGCAAAGAACAACCAACAACCUUAUGCAUAGCCGACUUGGGUUGUUCCUCUGCUGAGCCUAACACCUUAGGGGUGGUCUCUGAACUCAUAGAUGCAAUCGAAAAGGCUCGUCGAGAGAUCGGAAAUGGGCACCAAGAGUAUCAAGUUUAUUUAAAUGAUCUUCCAUGGAAUGAUUUCAACACUAUCUUUAGGUCAUUGGGAAGCUUUGAAGAUAACUUGAAGAAACAAGUUGGGAAUAAUUUUGGACAUUGUUUUGUGAAUGGUGUCCCUGGUUCAUUCUAUGGCAGGCUAUUCCCCACAAAACAUUUGCAUUUUGUCCAUUCUUCUUAUAGCCUUAUGUGGCUUUCUCAGGUACCAGAAGGGAUAGAAGAUAACAGAGGAAACAUUUACAUAGCAAGCACAAGCCCACAAAAGGUGGUAAAAGCUUACUAUGACCAAUUUGAAAAGGACUUUUUGAUGUUUCUAAGAAGUCGGUCCCAAGAAGUAGUACCAAGAGGGGUUAUGGUCCUAACUAUUUUGGGAAGGAAAAGCUUUGAUAGAUAUAGUAAGGAAUCUUGUCUCGAGUGGGAGCUUCUUGCUACCGCCCUCAACGAUAUGGUUUUCGAGGGUUUCAUAGAGGAAUCAAAGCUACACACAUUCAACAUCCCUCAAUACACUCCAUCUGCAGAAGAAAUAAGUUUUAUAAUGGAGAAAGAAGGAUCUUUUAAUCUGAAUCAAGUUCAUAUUUCAGAAAUAGGUUGGGAAGCAAAUGAACAUUACAACAACAACAACAUUAAUGAUCCAUCUUCAACUUUUGAUCACUUUGACUUUGUUAAAUGCAUGAGAUCUGUGGCCGAGCCCUUACUUGUAAGUCAUUUUGGAGAAACCAUUAUCGAAGAGUUGUUCAAGCGAUAUAUGGAAAUUGUCAAAGUCUCGAUGGAGAAAGAAAAGAAUGUGUUUAUUAAUGUCACGGUGUCCUUGACGCGAAAGGGUUAAUCAAUCCACAGAUAAAAAUGAACAAUCAAUAAAGGGUUGACGAUUUUCUUGUUGUGAUCUUCUGUUCGAGAUCAUGUUGGAGAUGACAUGUAUGAUAUAUAUAGGGUAUGUUUGGCAAUUGGUUGUUUAAUGGUGGUGGUUUUACUUUUUACUUUACUUGUUUGA